AUGCUCGGUGCAUCCGCUGUCCUAAUCUUCGCCGUUUACCUAUCCCUCGCCUCGCCCCUCUCGGUUAACCUGCCGACCGCUGACAUCUCCAUCCUCAUAUGGACCUUUGCCUCUGCCUUCGUGCAGACCUUCGUCGCCGCCCCCAUCUCUGUUCUAGCGUCGACCUCCGUCCUCGUCCUCGGGUGUACCACUGGCCAACCCCUCGCCCUUGUGCGAGGCCUAUCUGUUCCAACUAGGAACCCAACCAUGUCCCUCGACCCCUCAGCUUCUACCUCGCCCAUGGUUCCUUACAAAUACAUCUUCUAA